AUGGAAAAUGUACCUCCGCAGGUAUGGGCAGUCGCUCACACGUUGAUCGCCCGCAAUGAAACGACCAAUUCAACCUCCACGAGCAAUGCCGAUACAGCUAGCCGUCCGCCAGUCUACAAGGCAAUCGGUCUCAGUCUCGCUGUGGCUUCAGGGCUCUUCAUUGGGACCUCUUUUGUGCUGAAAAAGACCGGACUGCUUAGAGCGAAUGCCAAAUACAACGAGGAAGCAGGAGAGGGCUAUGGCUACCUGAAGAAUUUCUAUUGGUGGGGAGGCAUGACACUGAUGAUUGUGGGCGAAAUCUGUAACUUCGUCGCCUAUGCCUUCGUCGAUGCCAUCCUCGUGACACCGCUCGGUGCGCUGAGCGUUGUGGUCACGACCAUUCUAUCGGCCAUCUUUCUCAAGGAGCGCCUGAGCUUUGUCGGUAAGGUUGGCUGUUUCAAUUGCAUCGUUGGCAGCAUUGUCAUCGUCCUCAACGCCCCAGAGCAAAGCGCCGUUGCCGAUAUCCAAGAAAUGCAGCACUUCGUCAUCGCGCCCGGCUUUCUCAGCUAUACCGGUGUCGUGAUUUUAGCAUGUAUAUUUAUCGCCAUGUGGGCAGGGCCACGCUACGGCAAGAAAAGCAUGCUGGUCUAUCUCAGUAUUUGCAGCUUGAUCGGCGGUCUGAGUGUCGUGGCAACCCAGGGUUUAGGGAGUGCAGUCGUGGCCCAAGCCGGCGGAAAACCUCAGUUCAAUCAAUGGUUUCUCUACGUUUUACUGGCCUUUGUGGUUGCGACACUGCUGACUGAAAUCAUUUACCUCAAUAAAGCAUUGAAUAUUUUCAACGCCGCCCUCGUCACCCCGACCUACUAUGUCAUCUUCACCAGCGCCACAAUCAUUACUUCUGCGAUCCUUUUCCGGGGCUUCAAGGGCACAGCCGUAUCUAUCACGACUGUGAUCAUGGGCUUCUUCCAAAUAUGUGCUGGAGUUGUCCUCCUACAAAUGUCCAAAUCCGCAAAAGACGUUCCAGACGCGGCCGUUUUCAAGGGUGAUCUCAACCAAGUCAGGGAAAUUGCGGAGGUUGAGCAGCCAGAAACCGAGCCCAAAGCCGAUGCUAUUCGUGGCACCGCGGCUUUGAUCAGGAGAAUCUCUGUCUCUCGGCAGAAGAUGGAACAAGAGGAAGCUAGACGGCUGCGCGAAGACAAACUUAAGGAUCAACUCGAGCCGCUUCGCGAGAACGAGAUUGUGGAAUGGGAUGGCCUCCGCCGCCGCAAAACAGUUAUCGGCGAACCUGGUGCAGUUGUUCGAAGAAAGACCGUUCACCCACCGCUGGGAAUGUCGCAUAUCCCAGAUCCCAAUCAGGAAGAGGAGCACGAACCGGGAUUUUUUGAAACUCUGCGCAGCCGUGCACAGAGCGUAAUCCGUCACCCCAGUCCCCGGCACCAUGCGACCAUGCCGGAAGAUUCUCUACGGAGCCCAAUACAUCCCGUUGCCUUGACAGACAUCAAGGUUGUCUCAUCCAAAGCCGAGUCACCCAUCAUCCCCUACGGCCCGGGGAGCCUCGAAGAUGCCCAAGAACGGAUUUACGGACUCCCUCCAGGGCAGCUAAAGGAACGGGCCAUCACCAUCUCAGCUCAACCCUCGCCCCGUUCCAAACCCCUGCCCGCCAAGCCGUCAUCAUCCCCUUCACUCAAACCAGCACACCAAGCAAGACGGCAAUUCUCUUUCACCAACUUCCUUCGACCAGGCUCACGCACCCCCGACGUAGAUCCCAUGGCUCCACGGCCAAAUCUUUCGCACCGUACCAGCAGCCAUGAACAGAGACGUGCAAUGAAGAACGCAUCAGAGGAGGAAAGACUGGGACUUGUCAAGGGUGAUUCUCACGUUGCAUUGCUCGAGCAGGAAUCGUCUCGCUCACCUGAGCACCAAUCUCAAUCCUUCUCUUAUGCCCACCCUAGUUCUCAUUCUCAGACCAGCUCAACUUCAAGCGCUGAUGGUUAUUAUCCUUAUCAAUACCCUUCUCCUCCUCAACAUUCUCUGUCAUAUUCUGACGAGGUUGAUGGUUGGCAGAUGAUGAGCACGGCGAGUCCGCCGGACGAGACGACCCGAGCUUCGACACCGCCGCCACCGGCGACGGCAAGCGGCCGGCGACGGCCCAGUCCCCCGAGGAUAUAUCAUCCCCCACCUUUGCUCACGAGGAAUUCGCCUCCAAUCGACAACGAGGAACGUCCAAUUCCGGGGACGAUGGUGGGCGGAGGGUCGACACAGGCCAGAGCCAUGCUAGCAGCGUCAGACCGUUCUCCGAAUACAUCGACGAGCCCGCCGAGGAGCCAUCAAGACACUGGUUUGCACAGGACAGGUGGAGAAGGUCACCUAGCUCGAGUUUCCGAGGACGCAAGAGUGAAUAAUGCCUACAACUACGAAUCGACCCAGACAGAGAGCAUCGAAGCCGAGGCCACCCGAAGACGAUUUGAGGAACAGAGCAAAAGGGAAAGAGAAGAGAGGCGGUUGAGAGCCACCGGACGACGGCAGAGCUGGAAGCCUGUCGAUCCUGAAGGAGGCAGUUUCAUCUAG